AUGAGCCACUCACGCGAGUUUGUCUUCCUCGAGAGAAUCAAACGCUACAAGAAGUGUCCCGAUUACCUGGUACCACGCAUGCCGAAGAUUAGAGUUCGACGUGCAGGCACAUCGAAGAAGUCACCUGAUAGUGACGACGUGAAGAAGACGAGGCGAGAACGCAAGAAGGAGGUCAACGAGGCAAUUGCAGAGGCUCAAGAUGCUAUGUGGGAACUUGCGGAGGCCAUGCAGACACGCUUCGGUGGAAAGAAGAAAGCUCCCUUCUAUUAUCACCUCAUCCUUCAGCGACCUCACGUUGCCCUUGACCGCCGAAGUAUCAACAAGUGGAAUGCCUUCGUCCAUGGAGAAUUGAAGCGACGUAACAACGAACUCGAACCUGGCACAGAAUUGUACCGGGUCAACGACCUCUCGAACGAACUCCGGGUGGAGUGGAACGCAAUGACAUCGCGUGAGAAAACAGAGGCGACGAAAGAAUAUGUGAAGGAGAUACAGGCGAUGCGCGACACGAAGACAUACGCGUCCCAAAACACCCAACUGGGUGCAUUUCACGACGCGCGACGGCACAUCGCUGCUGUCAUAAUGGAGCUACAAAACGUGAACGCGCGGACAGGGUUGCACUCAGUGCUCAUCACAGUACGCGGUGAGCCCGAUCAAUGGUCGAAACCCCACGUGUUCUACACGACCGAGGCGAUCGCCGAGUUCUUCAGCAUGUUCACAAAGAGCACGCUCAGUCAGAUUGCUACGCGGUUGGAAGCAUUUUUGAUAUCGGGUGUGGCAGGUGUCGUCUCAAACCAUAAGGAGCGCUGUCUCCAGGCGAAAAGUCAGCUCGCCAAACUUGUGCUUGAGAAGCUGAAUGCUGUGUCGAAGAAGCGCAUCCCUCAAAUGAAUUAUGUCAACUUCGACGAGGUCAUCACCCGCCCGUAUGGCAUUGUGCUGCGAGGCUACCCCCCGGGCGUCAAGUUCUGCUCACCAAGUAACUUAGGCAGUCUGCACGAGGUCGAGCUCGUGACGGCUUCGUGGCAGUCCGGCACGACGCACUGGUACAAGAUGAAAAAGUCGGAGCACAAGAAGUGGAAGAAGGCCCACCGUAACCCGGCAGAGUCCCACAAUGGCGCAUGCGAUGCAGAGGAUGAUGCCGCUGGUGAGUCCUCAGACGACGAGCCUUUGAUUCGCACCGUCGCGCAGCCUGCAGCGGGACCUGCAGACCCGACGCAAGCCGCCGGUACUACACCAACCACCUUGGCAUCUACAUCCACGCUUGGCACUGCCACCGUAUCGCCUUGCCCGCCGACAGCCACUGCAUCACCUUGCCCGCCGACGACCGCCUCGCCAAGCACUGACCUGCCGACGACCUCCGAUGUGAUACCUCCCACUCCGUCAAGUGCUUGCCCGCCGACAGCCUCGAUCACUCAACCUCCCACGCAAUCGAGCGCUGGCCUACCAACAGCCUCCAUUGUCCCACCUCCCCUGCCUCCGAGUCCCGAAGACGUGUCGCUGGCAGUGCCGAGCGCAAACGCAAGCGCUGGCGUGCAGGUCGACCGCCAAGCCAACCCACACGCGGAGCUGGACGUCGAGCAUGUAUUGGUGCAGUCAACGAUCGACAACCAGCCGCCACACUCUCCACCUACCUCUACAUCGCCGUUGCAGGUCGUCGGAGACAAGCGUCCUGCGGGUACGCCGGACAGUGCAGCUGGUCCAAGCAAGGCCCCGAAGAGAGCCAAAAAGGCGUUCUCGGGCUUUGUCCUGUCGCCCACAGAUGAGCAUGGCAACCCUGUGCCUGUUGUGAAGAAGCCUCGCGCUCGGAAGGGCUCUGGGAAGGGUGGCAAGGCUGGGAAGUAG